AUCUUCCGGUCGGAAAGUCGAAGCUCUGGAAAGAGGCCCGAGUUCCCGAGUUGUAAUUCUGAGCGGGUUGACCGUUCAAAUCGAUUCUUUCCAGUCGAAGCUCGUUUUUUUCACAGUUGUUUUGAACCCACUAAAGUCGGAAGUCGUAGAUUUCCUAGUUCCCAGUAGAUUUGAACGCGGCAUUAAUACGCGAGGAAUUUCUGCUGCCUUGCUUGACCACACCCUCCUUCCUUGCUCCUGGCCUGCCCUGCCUCUUCCACUAAUCCAAUUGUUUCUUAUGGACAGAAAAGAACAGAGGCUCUGAGCUGUCCAUUGUCUACCCGUCCGUCAUUAGCAGUCUCAACACGCCCGUGCGUUUUUUCCCCCCACUAAACUCAGACGACCCUUUUAGUAAUAUCAUCUCCGGUCACUGCGUGAAGCUCCUCCCGGAAAAUAGAGAAAAACAGCAAAAUAAUCACCUGGAUUCUUUCAUAUCAAGGACAACCCGGACGACGCUGGGCCGAUUGUGCGCCGCCCUAUAGGUCUCCCAAUCACAGCCGGUUGUGAUUCGGGAGCCCAGGUUACCUUGGUAACUCCAUGGACCCCUGAGUGUCUCAGAGUAGGAAUGCCGUGGAUCUAGGAUCAGUUAAGCUUUUUAUGAUGAUGUGGAGUCUUUGGAUCCUGCUGGGCACUGUUCUCAUUGUGGAUGGCUACGUGGUGCCCGACCUGCACAAGCGUCUGUCCCACGGGCAUCAGCUGAAGAUCUACCUCCCGAAGAGCGCUGAGAAGCUGGAGUUCACCCCCGCUGCAGAGCCCCUGAAGACGUACCUGUACUGGGACCGUGGAUCCCGGGCCACCAGAGGAAAGGUGUCUGGGACAGGAACCGACAGGAGCUGGUAUCUGGACAAAGUGACUUACAAGGACCAGGGGACCUAUGUCCAGAGAGACUACUGGAACAAGGAGAUCUCCUCGCUCAAAGUGGCUGUGACCACCAAGCGUGAGUACACAAAGUGCGUGGUGGGCGAGGCACUCCACAUCUCAUUGGAGGGCAUCGACCAGGCCGAUGCCACGCUCUCCUUCUCGGGCGCCAACGUCAACGUCACCCUGGUGCAUGAUGGGGCAGUGGUGGCCCAGGACCUCCCUGACUACUGGAACCGGGUCAAGACCCUUUCCACCAAGAUCAGCAUCCAGAACGUCAACACCUCGGACGUGGGCUACUACACACUGAAGGACAGGCGAGACCGGGUGGUCGCCAUCGUCAGGAUGGAACUCACAGACAAACAUGAGAAGGAAGCAGGCAACCCCCUCAUGGCCCUCCUCCUCCUGCUUGGUAUCCCCGCCGGUAUCUGCUUCUGUUGCCGGAAGAGGAUCUUCAAGAACAAAUCCCCCGACACCACCACCAUCCAACUGGACAACCCCGAGACUCUGCACCCCCCUCCCGGCUACAACAUGCCUGGAGGAGGGGUGUCCCCUGGACCUGGUGGGCCGGGAGGUUACCCUCAGGUUUACCCUCCCCCCAACCCUGGGAUGCCUGGCCAGCCUCAAUGGACCGGACCCCCACCUCAACCAUGCUUCAACCCAGGCUACCCCUCCCAAGACCCUUUGUACCCCCCUGCCCAGCCCCCACAGUGGAAUGGCCCACCACCCAACCAGCCACAGUACAACCCUGGUGCUCCUCCGAUGGGGUAUGCGCCGGUGAUGUACAGCGCCCCCUCAGGGAAUGAGGCGAUAAAGAUGGAGAACAUGUCUCCUGCUGAUCCCCUCCUUGCCCAUCCACCACCCCAGGUCCCCCCGCCUACCUCUGAAGCUCUGCACUCCACAGACAGAGCCUCCCAGUUCAACAUCGACACAGGAAAAAACGCCCCCACCAACUUCCUGUAGAACGCCUGUCCAAUCAGGAGCGGCCUGAGUAAUGUUGCCACGUCUCCGUCCCGAAUACGGUUCAAUGGCUUCCUUUGCUCAUCUCCUUGACUGUGACCACUUAUAUAAAUGGGGAGAGAUAGGAGAGGAAGCAGUAUGUUGUAACUGUGACCUAGACAUUGCCCCUCAAAUCACCUAUCCAUUCUUUUCUGGUGAGUGUUAUACUGUUUUCUGACAUAAGACAUUAUUAUUAUUAUUAUACCUUUUUAAAAAGGCAUAUUUAGAUGAGCCCCGUUAAACCAUGGGGCCUGUUUGCGAUUCAAACAAGGGAGGUGUUAAACAAUUUUUUUGGAGGUUACAGGGUCUGUGAAAAAACACGUUUCAUUACUAGGUCUGUGUUUUUUUUAAAUGUACCCAUUUUUUUUUUUACUCCCUACCCCUUUCACGUAUAUAAAAACGAAAGUAACCAAC